AGUGGUGCCAUAGUCAACAACAACUGAUGAAUUAACUACAACCCUGCCUGACAAACCAACAUCUACUGAUGCAACAACAUCUUUGGCUACCACAACCACCUUUCCAACAUUCUCAACUGUUGAACCAUCAUCAAAAACAAGUGAUGCAUCAAAAACAACUCUGUCUGACACCACAACAACAACUGAUGCAACAACAAUUUUGGCGUCCACAACCACACCUCCGACUUCGACCACUAUAGCACUAGCAUCUACAUCUGAUGCAGCAACCACAACUAUGCCUGACACCACAAGAACAAUUGAUACAACUUCUCUGGCUACCACAACCACCUUUCCAGUAUCCUCAACGGUUAAACCAACGUCAACAACAUCUGAUGCAGCAACCACAAGUAUUUCUGAUACCACAACAAUGAUAGAUUCAACAAUAACUUUGGCUUCCACAAUCACUCCUACAACAUCCUCAACUGUAGAGCCAGUUUCAACAACAACUGAUGGAUCAACAACAACUCUGUCUGACACCAAAACAACAACUGAUGCAACAACAAUUUUGGCUUCCACAACCACACCUCUGACAUCGAGCACUAUAGCACCAUCAUCAACAUCUCAUGCAGAAACCACAACUAUGCCUGACACCACAACAACAAUUGAUACAACAACAUCUUUCGCUACCACAACCACCUUUCCAACAUUCUCAACUGUUGAUCCAUCGUCAAAAACAAGUGAUGCAUCAAAAACAACUCUGUCUGACACCACAACAACUGAUGCAACAACAAUUUUGGCUUCCACAACCACACCUCUGACAUCGACCACUAUAGCACCAGCAUCAACAUCUGAUGCAGCAACCACAACUAUGCCUGACACCACAACAAUAAUUUAUACAACAACAGCUUUGGCUCUCACAACCACCGCUCCAACAUCCUCUAAUAUUGCACCAAUGUCAACAACUGAAGCAGCAACCACAUCUCUGUCUGACACCACAAAAGCAUCUGAUGCAACAACAACCACCCCUCCAACACCCUCAACUCUAGCACCAGUGUCAAAAACAAAUUAUGCAUCAAAAACAACUCUGUCUGACACUACUAUAACUACUGAUGCAAUAACAAUUUUAGAUUCCACAACUACCACUCUAAUGUCAACCACUGAUGCAUCAACUACAACUCUGCCUGACACCACAACAACUACUCGUGCUACAAUUUUGACUUCCAAAACAAUCCCUCCGACAUCUUCGACAGUAGGACCAACGUCAACAACAACUGAUGAAUCAACCACAACUCUGCCUGACACCCCAACAUCUACUGAUGCAACAACAUCUUUGGCUACCACAACCACCUUUCCAACAUUCUCAACUGUUAAACUAUCAUCAAAAACAAGUGAUGCAUCAAAAACAACUUUGUCUGACACCACAACAACAACUGAUGCAACAACAGUUUUGGCUUCCACAACCACCUUUCUAAUAUCCUCAACAGUGGCACCAACUUUAACAAAAGCUUAUGCAGCUACCACCAGUAUGCCUGACACAACAACACCUACAGUUCAAACAAUAACUUUGGCUUCCACAACCACCCCAACAUCCUUAACUAUAGCACCUGCGUCAACUCCUGAUGCAGCAACAUCUUUUCCUGACACCACAAAACCUACUCAUGCAACAACAACUUUGGCUUCCACAACCACUGCUCCAGCAUCCUCAAGUGUAUCACAAUUUUUGACAACUGUUGCAGCAACAACAACUAUGCCUGACACUACAAAACCUACUGAUGCAAAAACAAUAUUGGUUUCAACAACCACCCCUCCAACAUCCUCAACUGUAGCACAAACACUGACAACUCAUGCUACAACCACAACUAUGUCUGACAGCACAACAACUAUUGAUGCAACAACAACUAUGGCUUCCACAAACACCCCUUCAACAUUCUCAACUGCAGUACCAACGUCAACAACUGUAACACCAAUGUCAACAACUGAUGCAGCAACCAUAACUAUGCCUGACACCACAACCACUAUUGAUGCAAUAACAGUUUUGGAUUCCACAACAAUAUCAUCAACAUUCUCAGCUGCAGCAAAAAUGCUGACGUCUGAUGCAGCAACCAAAAUGAUGCAUGACAUCACCACAGCUGCUGAUGCAAUAACAUCUUUGGCUUCCACAACCAACCAUCCAACAUCCUCAACUGUAGCACCAGCAUCAGCAACCACACAUGUGCCAGACACUGCAACAACUAUUGACAUUGCAGUACCAACAUCGACAACUGUGGCACCAGUCUCAAUAACUGAUGAAGCUACAACCAUCAUGCCUAACACCACGAAAACUACUGAUGCAACAACAACUUUGGCUUCCACAACAACUCAUCCAGCAUCUUCAACUGUAGCACAAAUUUUGACAACUGAUGCAGCAGCAACAACCAUGCCUGACACCACAAAAACUACUGAUGCAGAAACAACUUUGGAUUCCACAACCACCCCUCAAGCGUUAACAGGUCAUGCAACAACCCCAACUAUGCCUGAUAUCACAACGAAUAUUUAUGCAACAACAACUUUGGCCAUAACCACCCAUCCAACAUCCUCAACUGUGGCACCAUUGUCAACAACAAAUGUAGCAUCAACCACAAGUAUGCUUGACACCACAGCAACUACUGAUGUGACAGCAACUUUGGCUUCUACAACCACUUCUCCAGAUUCCUCAACAGUGGCAAAAACAUUGACAACUGAUGCAGCAACCAUAACUAUGUCUAACAGCACAACUAUUUAUGCAACUACUUUGGCUUUCAUAACCACCUCUGUAGCAUCCUCAACUGCAGUACCAACAUCGACAACUGAUGGAACAACAACUAUGCCUGACUUUACAACAAUUAUUGAUGCAACAACUUUAGAUAGCACAUCCACCCUUUCAACAUCUUCAACUGUGGCACCAAUGUCAACAAAAACUGAAGUGGCAACCACAAUUCUCUCUGACACCACAGAAACUACUGAUGCAAAAACAAAUUUGGCUUCCGGAACCAUUCCUCAAAUAUCAUCAACUAUAGCACCAGCAUCAUCAACUGAUGCAGCAACCACAACUAUGCCAGACACAGCAACAUCUUUGCUUAGUGAAAGCAUCCCUCCAACAUCCUCAACUGUAGCACCAUCAACUGAUGCAGCAACCACAACUGUGCCAGACACAACAUCUUUGCUUAGCGCCAGCAUCCCUCCAACAUCCUCAACUGUAGCAUCAUCAGCUGGGUUAGCAACCACACCUAUGCCUGACAACACAAUAGCACUUCCAAAAACAACUACUGGUGCAACAACAACAAUUUUGGCUACCACAAGCACUACUCCAACAUCCUCAAAUGUAGCACCAACACUGACAACUGAUUCGGCAACUAAAACUAAGCUUGAAUCCUCAACCACUAUUGGUGUAACAACAAGAACCCCUCAAAUAUCCUCAACUAUGCUCAAGCCUUACAUCACAACAAUUAUUGAAACAACAACAAAUUUGGUUUCCAAAACCACUAAUCCAACAUUCACAACCACAGCACAGGUGUUGACAAGUGACUCAGCAAUGACAACUAUUGCUGAUGCAACAACAGUACUUCCAACAACAACUAGUCAUGAAACAACAACCUUGGCUAUCACUAGCACCCCUCUAGAGUCCUCAUCUAAUGUAGCAACCACAACUUUGCCUGAACAUACAACAACUACUGGUGCAAAUACAACAACAACAACAACAACAAAUACUAUUGAUGCAGCAGUCACAACUAUGUCUGAAAUAACAACAGUGUUUCCAACAAAUGCUACUAUUGUUGAGACAACUGCAACUUUGGUUUCCACAACAACAAACAAUCCUACAACAAUUACUGCGGCUGAAACCACAACAUAUCUUCCAAAUACAGCUACUGGCGAGACAAUAACAACUUUGGCCACAUCUCCAACAUCCUUAUCUAUAGCACAAAAGUUGACUGACACAACCAUCCCUUCAACAUCCUCAAAUAUAGCACCAAAAUCAACAACUGAUGCAGCAACCACAACUUCACCUAAAACAACAACAGUACUUUCCAAAACAACUAUUAGUGCAACAGCUUUGGCUGCCAAAAGUACCCCUCCAGUGUCCUCAUCUGUAGCACCAACAUUGACAACUGAUGCAGCAAACGCAACUAUGGCUGAAAAAGAAACAGUUCUUCCAACAAAAACUUUUGGUGCAACAACAAAAUUUGUUCUAGCACCAACAAUGACAUCUGAUGCAAAAGUCAGAACUUUGCCUGAAACAUCAAUGGUAUUUUCAAAAACAACUAUUGGUGCAACAACAACAACUUUGACUAUUACAAGUGCUCCUCCAGCAUCCUCAUCUUUUGCACCAACUUUGACUACUGGUGCGGCAGUCACAACUAUUCCUGAAACAAAAAAAGUCCAUCCAGCAACAACUGUUGGUGCAACAACAGCUUUGUCUACAUUAUCUGUUCUAGCACCAAUGUCAACAUCUGAUGCUGCUUCCACAACUAUGGCUGACACCACAACAAAUAUUGAUUCAAAAACAUCAACUUUGACUACCACAAGCACUCCUCCAAUAUCCUCAACUGUAGCACAGUUCUCAAAAUCUGAUGCAGCAACCACUACUAUGCUUGGAACGACAACAGUUCUUCCAACAAAGCCUAUUAAUGCAACACCAACAACUUUGGUUAACACAAGCACCCUUGCAACCUUUGCAUCUUCACUUGUAGAACCAAUGUUGACAGCUGAUGCAGCAACCACAACUAUGGCUGACACCCCAACAAUUACUGGUGCAACAACAAAUUUGGCCAACACAAGCACCCCGCCAAUAUUAUCAGUUAUACCACCAACGUCAACAUUUGAUGUGGCAGCCAAGACUAUGGCUGACACCACAACAAGUAUUGGUGCAACAGCAACAACUUUGACAACCACAGCUAUGGCUGACACAACAACAAAUAUUGGUGCAACAACAGCAAAUUUGGUUAACACAAGCACUCCUCCAACAUCCUCAACUGUAGCACAAUUGUUGACAACUGAUUCAGCAACCACAGCUAUUCCUGAAAUAACAGUGGUACUUCCAACAACGAUUGGUGCAACAACAACAACUUUGGCUACCAGAAGUACCCUUUCAACAUUCUCCACUGUAGCUCCAACAUCAACAACCGAUACACCAACUACAACUAUGCCUGAAAAAACAUCAGCACUUCUAACAAAUGGUAUUAUUGUUGAGGCAACUAAAACUUUGGUUUCCACAACAACAAACAAUCCAACAUCUACUAUGGCUGAAACCACAACAACCCGUCCAGUAACUUUGGCCACACUUCCAACAUCCUUGACUAUAGAACAAUCUUUGGCUGCUACAACCAUCCCUCAAACAUCAUCAAAUAUAGCACCCAUGUUGACAACUGAUAGAGCAACUACAACUUCACCCGAAACAGCAAUGAUUCUUUCAGCAACAACAAUUGGUGCAACAACAACAACUCUGGCUGCCAAAAGUACCUCUCCAGCAUCCUCAUCUGUAGCACCAACAACUGAUGCAGCAACCACAACUAUGCCUGAAACAACAACAGUCCUACCAACAACACCUAUUGGUGCAACAACAACUUUGACUACAAGCACCCCUCUAACAUCAUCACUUCUAGAACCAUUGUUGACAUCUGAUGAAGAAACAACAACUGUGCCUAAAACAACAGUUCUUGAAACAACAGUUUUGUUUAACAUAAGCACCCUUGCAACAUCUUCAGUUGCAGCACCAAUGUUGACAACUGAUGCAGUAACCAAAACUAUUGGCGCAACAACAACAAAUAUCGCCAACACAAGCAUCCCUCCAUCAUUCUCAUCUUCAGCACCAUUAUCGACCACUGAAUCAACAUCCACAACUAUGUUUGAAACAACAACAGUACUUCCUGUUACAACUACUAGUGCAACAACAACUUUGGCUGGCACAAAUACACUUCCAACAGCAACUAUAGGUGAGACAACUAUAAUCUUGGGUCUCAAAACCACAGUAGCUUCUCCAACAUUCUCAACUAUCACACAAAACACCACAACUCAUCCAGAAACUACAACUAUGCCUGCAAUUAAUACAAGUAUUGGUGAAAAAACUACAACUUUGACCCCCACAAGCACCACAACCCCUCCAACUUUGCUGGAGGAGUCAGUGACAACAACAUCCAAGAAUAUUCAUCCAGCAAGCACAACAAUGUCUGAGAAGAAAAUUACUACCUUCGGUGCAUUAAAAACAGAUAUAACUGAUUCAACAACCACACCUAAUUCUAAAAUCACAACAACUAGUAGUGAAACAAUUACAACCAGAAUGUCCUCCUCAACAUUGUUGGAAGAGCCAACAACAGCACAAUCACAAGCUAUAUCUAAUUUAAAUACAACAACAGUUCCAGUGUUUACAACAACAGCUUUGACUAAUUCUCAGACAGAAAAUAAUCCUACAGUGCACUUCCUAACAUCUACAGCAGUCCUUGGCAAAACAAGCUUACCUCUAAUGAACAGAACUGGUUCAGCACUGGUUACAAGCAAACUGCAGUUUAACUCCUCAUCUCCAGUCCCCAGAGAAACUCAGGUCCUCAGUGUUAUCAAGACUCUUCUCAAAUCCAGAGAGUCACAGCUCAACAAAUCAGUUCAAGUGCUGAAUGUCACCUAUAAAAAUAUCUCAGAGACCUCUUAUGCAAUCAUCUUUACAUUUAACCUGAUUGACAUUAGUAUACCAAAGGACCCUGCAGUAAAGAACAACACCUAUCAGCACCUGCAGAAUGUUAUCAAUAAUAUGUUGAACACACUUCUGAAUGAACCUGGCAGUCAGGUUUUUGAAGCCAAGUCCUCCAAAUUCACGAGCACAGAAAACCACAUUGAGGGCAGUAUGGAAUAUAUCUUCGACAGCAAAGAUCAACCCACCAUUUUGUUGAAGGAGCUUAAUUUACAGAACAGCAUAAUAACAACGACCCUCGCAACACCAGGCACAUCUAAAACCACUAAAGGAACUACAGCUUUGAUUGGGAGGGUGAUUUUUUACAUUCGGCUCAUUUUUAUCACACGGGGCCCCAUACCAAGUGAGAGUCAUGUUCAAAAUUUGGUCAACGUACUGCUGGCCCCACAUCUCAGAGCUAAACAAGACACAGCACAAGCCCUGAAUGAUCCUGUAAGCUAUGUGAAUGCCAGCUAUGAGAAAAUUGCUGAUAAUUCAUAUGCCCUCAAACUUGGCUUUGAGAUCAACAAUCCAUCCAUGGCAGAGAAACUUGAACUCAGGGAUGGCAACUACACAUUCAUUCAAAACUCCAUAAAAAGAAAGCUAAACCAAAUCCUAAGUGACUCUGACACUUCUGUUGAGUUCAACAAAGCCAAUUUCACGAAAAAUUCCAUGGAGGUCAUUGCUGAUAUUGAUUAUAUUUUCCGGCAACAAGACAUCAAGUCACCCAGUGACUUCCUCCAAGAACUUCUCAAAGUUAUGAAUAGCUUAACAACUCCAGCUCCAACAGGGAAUAAAACAACUCAGAAACCUGUACAAACACCAAAUGUGAUUGGGAAGGUGAUUAUUUACAUUCGGCUCAUAUUUAUCACACGGGGCCCUGUACCAAGUGAUGCAAAAAUAUUACAAUUGGCAAACUCUCUGCUGGCCGCACGUUUCAGAAUUAAACGAGAACUAAGGGCACAAAGCUUAGGUACCCCUGUGAGCUUUGUGAAUGUUACUUACACAAAACUUUCUGAUACGUCAUAUUCCCUGAAUUUUGGAUUUGAAAUCAACAAUGUUACCAUGUCUCAGAAACUUGAACUCAGGGAUACAACAUAUAAAUUAAUCCAGGACUCUAUAAAUAAAUUGUUGAACGAGAUCCUAACUGAGCCCACAGCCACUCCAUUUGAGUUCAAAGAUACCAAUUUCACGGGUAAUUCCACCACUAUUCAGGCUGAUGUACAGUAUGUUUUCUCAGAAAACGACAUCCAGAAACCCAGUGCCUUUCUCUAUGCACUUAUUGUGGUUAAUAAUGAGACUAUUACCACUACAACUACACCUGCUGCAACAAGAACCACCUUUUACUCCACAGUGCUGAGCACUACAAUCACAAAUAACAGCACUAGUGCAGCAUGGGUUGUGGCCAUUAUUGUACCCUGUGCUAUUGUCAUCAUCCUCGUACCUUGCUGGAUUCUCCUUUGUUGUUUACUGUGUGGUUGCUGUACAGCAUUAAGAAGACGGUGGUCCAGAAGACGGUCAUACAAUGUACAAUACACCACUCAUAACAGCCUUUUCUAGAGAGCUCGAGACACAUCAGGAACAUUUUCUAACACUAAUGACUAAUUACUUAUAUUACUAAAUCAAAUUGUGAUUGUGGUACUUUAAAGUUUACAUUUAACUUUCCAUAAUGAUUAUGAUAUCUUACAGCUUUUAUAAUGCACUAUUUAUUUUAUUGUGCCUGUAUUGCUGGACAGACAGGAUCUUAAAUUGUGAUUAAUGUAAUUUAUUUUCAGAAUUGUUUAAUGGAUAAAAAAAUUGUAUUUACGAUUUCUGUAAGGUUUAAAAUAUUUGCAUGUUAUAAUAUUUUGGGAUUUCCAAAUAAUUAAUUUAUUUGAUAUUACACAUUUCAUUUUAAGGGGCAAUGUUGGUAAUGUUAAACUUAUUUACACUUUAUGCACUUUAGUUCCAUGUAACUCAAAGGAAAAUCCUUGUGUGCUUUACACACAGAUGUAGAUGUAAAACAGCAGCAACAUCAAUCAACAGUCAUUUUAUCUGCAUAAUUUUAGAUCUCGUUUUUAAUGAUCACUUCUGUUCUGACAAGAUUGUCCUGCAGCUGCUGACAGGAUUUUUUUUUUCUUUUUAGUAAGGCAUUACACAAACAGCUUUCUUCACCUUUUAAAUCAAAACAACAUUAAUAAAUUUAAGAACAACUGUAUAUGUAACCAAAUGAUUAUGAUCUAGCAGGAGCCUGCAUGCAUAACAAUCAAAAAUAAAAC